AAAAGACUCCACAUAAGAAUGAGGCUCUAAUUAAAAAAAUAACUAAUUGUGACAUCCAAAAGGAGAAGAAGAAGAGCGGUGAGUCGGCAAAGAUGGUAAAACACCGGCGACAGGUGGGGGUGGGCCCACAGUUCUUCAAGAUUAUAUUAUCUCCUCAUUCCUCUAAAUUACAAAUCCCAGAUGAAUUUUUAGUGAAGUAUGGGGCCGAUCUGCGAGAUGUUGUGUCCCUUGAGGUCCCAAGUGGCGCAAAAUGGGAAGUAAAAUUGCAAAACUCUAAUGGCAUGACAUGGCUGAAGGAGGGCUGGAACCAGUUUAAGGAGUACUAUUCAAUUGGUUGUGGUUACUUUUUACUCUUCAAAUAUAAUGGAAACUCUCAUUUCUCUGUCUUCAUAUUUGAUUUAAGUGCUUCCGAGAUUGAAUAUCCUUCUGGCCCAAAUGAAGAUAUGCCACCAGAGAAUGUUGUAAAUAUAGUGGGUGAUGCUAGUCACAAGAAGAAGGUAUGCAGGCCUGAGACACAGAAUAAUUCAUGUGAUGACAUCAUGAAUGAUUCUCUGAGAAACAAGACUGCAAAAGGUAUAGCACCAGAGAAUGUUGUAAAUAUAGUGGGUGAUGCUAGUCACAAGAAGAAGGCAUGCAGGCCUGAGACACAGAAUAACUCAUGUGAUGACAUCAUGAAGGAUUCUCUGAGAAACAGGACUGCAAAAGAUAUAGCUCCAGAGAAUGUUGUAAAUAUAGUGGGUGAUGCUAGUCACAAGAAGAAGGCAGGCAGGUCUGAGACACAGCAUAAUUCAUGUGAUGACAUCAUGAACGAUUCUCUGAGAAACAAGACUGCAAAAGAUAUAGCACCAGAGAAUGUUGUAAAUAUAGUGGGUGAUGCUAGUCACAAGAAGAAGGCAGGCAGGUCUGAGACACAGAAUAAUUCAUGUGAUGACAUCAUGAACGAUUCUCUGAGAAACAAGACUGCAAAAGAUAUAGCACCAGAGAAUGUUGUAAAUAUAGUGGGUGAUGCUAGUCACAAGAAGAAGGCAGGCAGGCCUGAGACACAGAAUAAUUCAUGUGAUGACAUCAUGAACGAAUCUCUGAGAAAUAAGACUGCAAAAGUUACAGAAAUAGCAGAUCACUCAUAUUCAAAACGACAAAAGUCUGGUGUUCGAGUAUUCCACCCUAACAGGGUGAAGCUUGAGAAACCAGACGUGGAGGAGGAUUUGAGUUGUGCAAUGCAAGAAGAUAAAAGGAAGGAGAUUAAGGAGAACCUUAAAAAACAAAACAUGGAGAAGAAUUUGCACUGUGCAGCAGAUAGAGGAAAUGAGGACUGCAAUGAAGUACUAGAUCCAUCAACCUUCAAGAUGACAAACACUACCAAAUGCAAUAAAAGGAAAUAUUCUAUCAGUUUGGAGGCAUCACGUUGUAGGUAUCCUUUGAGAAGUAAACAGGUGAAGCUUGAACAAUCCGAUGAAAACGGGAGUCCUUCAUAUUCUGGAAAACAAAGACCUGCCGCUUCACUAUCCUCUCCUGGUACUCAGUUAGAAAGAAAAAAGUCUAACAGGGCGAAACUUGAGAAAGCAAACUCAAAAGAGGAUUUCUGUUGUGCAGCGCCAAAAGAAAAAAAGGAGACUAACAUGGAGAAACUUGUAAAACAAGAUAGGCAACAUAAUUUAUAUGGUGAAGCAUAUAAAUUUGAAGGGCUUUGCAAUGAAGUACCAGUAAUGGAUCCCUCAGCAUCUAAGGUGACAACUACGAAUCAGCAUAGUCGAAAGAAAAUUGCUAUCAGUUUGGAUGCAUCAAAUUGUCGGUAUCCACUGCGAAACAAACAAUUAAAAGAGGUUAAGAUUGAAAAAGGAGACGUGGAAGAGAACCACAACGAAAUACCAGUGGUGGAUCCCUCAGCAACUAAGAUGACAACCACUAAUCGACAUCAUGAAAAGAAAACUAGUGCCAGUUUGGAUACGUCACGUUGUAGGUAUCCACUGCGAAGCAACCAACUGAAAGAGGUGAAGCUUGAAAAACAAAUCACGGAAGAGGAUUUGCUUUAUGUAGCACAAAAAGCAAAAAGGAAGAAGGCUAACAAUGUGAAGCUUGAGAACAGAGAUGUGGAAGAGCACUGCAAAGAAAUACCAAUGGGGGAUCCCUCAGCAACUAAGAAGACAACCACUAAUCGAGAUAAUGAAAAGAAAAUUACUACCAGUUUGGAUGCAUCACAUUGCAGGUAUCAGUUGCGAAGUAAGCAACUGAAGCUUGAACAACGGGAAGCAAGAGGAAAUAUGCAUAGUAAAACGCCAAAAAAUAUAGUAGCAGAUUCUCCAUAUUGUAAAAAACAAAAUUCUGGCCUUCCAGCACCCUCUCCCUCUCCAAGUUGUCAGCCUAUCAGGGUGAAGCUUGAAAAACAAGACAAUUUGUUUUGUGCAGCAGAAAAAGCAAAAGGGAAGGAGACUAACAAUGUGAAGCUUGAAACAGGAGAUAUGGAAGGGAAUUUGAAUAGUGCAGCUAAUAAAGGAAAGGAUUCCACAGCCUCUGAGUUGAAAAAUAAUUGGCAAGAAAAAGGUGUUACCCUCAGAGAAGCACAACUGAGGAAUGCAGUAAACUUCAAUCCUAACUUCACUGUUUCUAUGCAGCCCACUUAUGUCUCGAGAAACUUCCAAUUGGAUCUACCUGAUAACUUUUUCAAUAAAUAUAUCAAAGAGGGGGAAACCAUUGUAAAUCUACGAGUUUCUGAUGGGAGAACUUGGCGUGCAAAGUUGUUUAUUCGAGCAAAUUGUGCGAAGAUCCAAUUAUCAGAUUGGAGAGACUUUGUGCUCGGAAACAGUUUAAAAGAGCAUGACACUUGUGUCUUUGAGCUGAUUGACGCCAUUGAGCCAGUGCUAGACGUGUCAAUUUUCCGAGCCAAGACUCCCGUUUCCUGAAAGAUAGCCUCCCAUUUUGCAAGCGUGUUCUCUACUUUAGCUUUCUGUCCAUCUUGAACUUUUCUGGAAGGUGUUGAGCCUGUUAUAGACGAACAGUGAGCUCAAGGAUAUUAUGACCUUUACUUUCCUAAGAUUGAGCUUAUGUGCAGUUCUUGGGAUGAAAUUUUGUUUUUGGUUGUAUUUCUCUUUACAUCUAUUGUGGUGUCCUCUUCUUUUACUUCCUUCUAUGUCCCAAACGUACUAAGCAAUUAUCAUUAAAAACUUUACCAUGUUGGAGAAUUUCUUGACACUA